AUGUCUUAUUCGUUUGCUUUCGAUGAUACCCCACAAGUUUUGAAUCUCUUUUCCGAGUGGUUAUGUUGGUGUAUGCUUUGGGCCGGUAUCAAAGUCUAUUCGUUCAUUUCCCGAAAGAAGAUACCAUAUGCCCGAGGAGGUGAUAUCGAGGACGAAUCAACAAGUCUCGCAUUCUUUAUCGUUACAUCUAGUGUUUGUGCAUCGCUUGUUGAAGUUAAUUGGAUACUGCCAUUCUUUACUCCAGCACUCUACUUUGUCACUCGAAAUAGUGAUGCCGAUCAUCAUGUCCUCCCUAGCCACUCCAAAUCCGAGAAAUUAGAACAUUCGACCAAUUAUGGCUACAAUUUGAUAUUUUAUAUUCUUUGUCGCCAUUUCAACUAG